AAGCAGUGGCGUCUUGUGAGCAAAAGUCCUCCUGGCCUUCAAGUGGAGAGCCAGCCGUUGGGCUCCGGAGCCCUCCUUCCUGAGCGGAGACUAGACACACAUCUGUGGACUGGAGGCCCACAAACGUGGCCGACAUGAAGCCCUGGCCGCACCUUGUCUUUGCCCUCUUGACCGUCGAGGCGAUCUUCACGGACCCUUGCCAGGGUGCCAAAGUGCUGGCAAUACCUACCAUCAUCUUCGACAGCCACCUGUACAUCUUUGUGCGGGUAGCAGAGGCGCUGAAGAGCAGAGGUCACGACGCGGUCCUCCUCCUCGAUGAAGGCCGAGCCGUGGAGCCUUGUCUCCAUAGCUACAGAAUACAGAGGUACAGAGGCGUCUUCAGCCAAGAAAGCUCCGACCACUGGCUACAGGAGAGGCUGAAGCGAGUGUUUGAGGGGAAGAGGACGGCCUUUGAGUUGUUUUCCCUUCUGGAAAAGUACCUGGAGAAUUGUGAUCUGCUUCUCGGAAAUGCCACCCUUCUGCAGCAGCUCCGGAGCGAGGAGUUUGACUUGGUCAUGGUUGAUCCCAAUGAAAUGUGUGGCUUCAUCGUGGCCCACUUCCUGGGUGUAAAAUACGUUGUCCUCUCCACCAGCUUUUGGUUCCCAGCGGAGAUCGGAGCCACGUCACCUGUUGCCUAUGUCCCUGAAUUUAAUUCCCAGGUGACUGAUCAAAUGGGCUUUGUGGGCCGCACUUGGAAUCUCCUCGUUUUUCUCAUGUCUCGUAUAGGGACUAGAUUGUUGAUCUUGCCCAAGUUUGACCGUUUAAUGGCAAAACAUGACAUUCAGCCACAAAAGUCCAUGCUGGAGCUCAUCUAUGGUACCAGCCUCUUUUUCCUGAGCAACGAUGUGGUGAUUGACUUUCCUCGGCCCACGCUUCCUCAUAUUAUUUUUGCUGGUGGAAUUCUUACGGGGCCUGCAAAACCCCUUCCAGUGGACCUGCACCUCUGGAUGGAAGCUGCGGAUGCUGGUGUUGUGGUGGUCUCCUUUGGCAUUGGCAUACGCAUGCUCCCAAGAGACUUAGUGGAAAAGAUGGCUGGGGCUUUUGCUCGCCUUCCACAGAGGGUUGUAUGGAGAUACUCUGGUCAGAAGCCUGAUAACCUUGGUGAGAACACACUGAUGAUGGAAUGGCUGCCUUUGAAUGAUCUUCUGGGACACCCCCAUGUGGCAGCCCUGGUCAGUCACUGUGGCAUGAACAGCAUCUAUGAGGCCAUCUACCACGGAGUGCCCGUGGUGGGGUUCCCUUUCUAUGGGGACCAGUUUGACAUCAUGACACGCAUUCAAGCGAAAGGGAUGGGAGUCCUCAUUGACUGGAGCAGUGUUACUGAAGACGGUUUCUAUCAGGCCUUAACCACAGUGAUUUCCGACCCCAGUUUCCGCAGGGCGGCCAAGAAGAUCUCAGAACUGCACCUGGACACACUGAUGCCCCCCCUCAACCGCACCGUCUAUUGGCUGGAAUAUGCCCUUCGGCAUGAUGGAGCGCCGUAUCUCCGCCCAUCCCUCUACAGGCUUUCCUUCUAUGAGUACUAUUGCUUGGAUAUCUUGGCAGUUCUGUUCCUGAUUGUAGUAGGCACCUUGGUGGUUGUGUACCGACUAUGCUGGAGGCACAGGAGGCUAGAAGUCAGUCCAGUGCAUCUGAAUGGUCACUGUCUAAAUGGCCACGUCUCAGAGGAGAAGAAAGGGCAGUAGGGCGUGGCCAGCUGUGCGCCCGGAUGCGUAAACUGUGCCGAUGCCUCUCUGUGCCCUCACUGUAGAAUGGGCUGGGGUGGGAACGGGGACGAGGGUGCUGCUCACUGCUGUCCAAGCCUGUGUUAAGAGUGCUGAGAUAUGCGACCUGAGUCUGGGGGAUGAGGGGGAAGAGGGCUUUUCCUCUGCUGCUUUUCUUCCGUAUUUUGGUGGAGGCUGCAGGCGCGAGGAGGAGGAGGUGUGUGGGGGUGUGCUCUGUCAGCGUGUCGUCAGCCAAGGAAGGCCACGGCCUCCCAGCAUCACUCGCAAGGGUCCCGGAAAGACCUUGAGCCACUUUGUACACGACAAAGAAUCCACAAUGUUGUUUGAUGUUUCGAACUUCGCAGGCAGGUGGUGUCUCACUUUCCUUCCGUACUCUAUAUUCUCGACUAUGU